UUCCAUUUAUGUACUUCUUUUGAUUUCCCUUCCAUAGUUUUCCUCUCCAAAGCCAUGGCCGCCACCGUCACCACCACCCCCAUCUUCGCAAAACUCAUCCCAAUUCUCCUCAUGAUCUUUCUCUCCUCAUCCCUAACCUCCGCAAAAUCAGACAAUUUCUCCAAAAUCCUCUCUCCGAAAUCCCUCGGCCUCAAAAAGCAAAAGCUUAGCCACCUCCACUUCUACUUCCACGACAUUGUCAGCGGCAAAAACCCCACCGCCGUGCGCGUCGCCGAGGGCGCUAUGACCAACAAAUCCGCCACCCUCUUCGGUGUCGUGGCCAUGAUAGACGACCCUCUGACGAUGCAGCCGGAACCCAGCUCCACGCCUGUUGGGAGAGCUCAGGGAAUUUACUCUUCGGCUUCACAAAGCGAGACCGCGCUGUUGAUGGUCAUGAAUUUUGCCUUCACUCACGGCAAGUAUAAUGGAAGUACUCUCAGUGUGUUGGGCCGCAACGCCGUGUUUAACGCCGUGAGGGAGCUGCCUAUCGUCGGAGGGACGGGGCUUUUCCGGUUCGCUUCCGGCUAUGCUGAGGCGAGGACUCAUGCUUUUGACUUUAAGACUGGGGAUGCUGUGGUGGAGUAUAAUGUUCACGUCUUUCAUUAUUGAAUGAUUAGACUUAAUUUAAGGUUUUUAAUUUUUGGCUUUUGUUUCCGAAUUUUGGAAAUUUUUGAAUAAAUUAAUGAAUUAUUGACCCCUCCGUUACGUUUAAUUA